GUCAAGUCCUUUUCAUAUCAGACAGUCAAAUACUAGACAGCACCCACCAGAUAUGGAUCGUACGAACCACCAUAAUACUAAUAAUAAUAUUGGUGUUGAAUAUGCUUCUUUUGACAGUACCCGUACUGAUCUUAGUAUGAACAGUAGAGAUGUCAUUAUUGGCGAUCAGUGGGUAGUGCUGGGAAGAAUUGGAGAAGGUUCUUUUGGUGAAGUGUUUGAAGCUGAGGACAUUGACACGACAAGGAAAUAUGCUAUUAAGAGAGAGCCACUUAAAAUGCGCCACCCUCAACUCAAACAUGAAAGUAUCAUAUACGAUGUAUUAGCUGGAGGACCUGGUAUUCCUCAAUGUCAUUGGCAUGGUCAACAUGAAGGCUUUGAUUGUAUUGUGAUUGAUUUACUAGGUCCCAAUUUAAAUCAGCUUCGAGAAGUUGUACACAAGUUUCCAAUCGAUGUAGUAAUUGAUUUUGGCUGUCAAAUGGUCUCUAUAUUAGAACAUAUUCAUAAAAGAGGUCUUGUCUAUCGAGACAUUAAACCUGACAAUUUUUUAUUUUCAUACCAUUGUCACUUACCUGAAGCAGAUAUGAUUGAAAUACCUGAUGAUCAUGGCAUGCCUCAUAUUAAAUAUGUCAACCUCAGCUGUGAAGAAGUAUUUAAACGAUGGAAUGAACCACAUCCCAAGCUAUAUAUUGUUGAUUUUGGUCUGACUACUUGGUGGAAAGAUCCUCAUACAGAUAAACCAUAUCCCGAAGUCAAGAAAAACAUCAAAAACAAGACAGGCACUGCAAGAUAUGCUUCACUGAAUGUCCAUCGCGGCAAAUCGCAUGCACGCCGAGACGACAUCGAAGGCAUGGGUUACCUACUCUUAGAUUUAAUAUUUGGUACGUUGCCCUGGACUGGUAUUCAGGCUCGCAAUUCGCGUGCUGGUUGGGACCGAAUGCGUCAGAUCAAACAAGAUACGUUUAUGAGCGACUUGUGUGCUGGUCUGCCUCAAGGUUUUUUGGAAUUCAUUGAAUAUGCACGUCGAAUCAAGUUUGCAGAAACACCAGAUUAUGAUUUACUACGCCAAUUUUUGCAAGGCUCUCUUCCUGGAGGCAAAUAUGCCUCUAUUGUCAAGUCACCUUUUGGUGGUCACACAGAAAGAAAGUGGGUUCAAGAUAUUGAAAAGGAAGACCCAACAGAACAGACACGCAAUGAUGCUGCUAGACCCAAUACCAUUAAACCUAGUACACACCGUCAUUAUUAUGAACCACCACGUCAAAAAGAAGAAGCAAAUGUGUUUUCUAUGGAGGAUGUUGCCCAUCAUUUACCAGAUAUAAAAAAGACUCCACGACGAACAAGUCGAGAUAUUGGACGAACAAACAAUGAUAGUUUUUCAUCAUUCCAAAAGCUGGUAGCAAAGACAAGAAGAAGACAAAAACGAGUAGGCUGGAACUCACAUAAACAUGAUGAAGCGCCUUGGGCUCCUGUGAUAGACUGGACAAAUACUGCUCCUGAAAAGCCAAGUGCACAAGCUGCAGAAGCUUCUUGGGGCGCAGAUAAUCCGAAUGCAGCAUGGGGACAACAUGCUGAAAACCGGGAAGCCAAAAAAGAAGAGGAGGGAUCUUGGGCUGCUAAUGUGAGCAAGCCGUGGGAGUAAUUGCUCUUGAGUUUGUCUUACCUAAUUUGAUUAUCAAAAAGUACCCUUGAGCACCCUACAAAGUUCCUCACUCAUUCGCUCUCUCUCUCAUUUACUUUUUAACAUGUACCUCUUUAUUUCCUUUCCUCAUUUCUUUUUCUGUUUAAACGACUUUCUUGUCACAUUAAAGAUGAGCAUAUUGUACUAAACAGGGACUGUCAAAAAAAAAAGUGAGAGUAUAUUUGUUAUAAAC